UCAGCUGCAAUUGCUACACCACGUGCUUUUGUUUACUUUUUCUAGAAAUAAUAAAAAAAUUUAGUGAAUUAAAAACUCGAUAAAAAUGUCUCCUGGAAGCGCAAAAAUAGGAUUGAAACGUAGUUUAGGUGGUGUCAAGGACUACGGUAAGAAAAAGAAACAGAAAUCCGAAAAAUCAACUCCAUCAAUUGAGUUGAAGCGAGCAAAGGAAAUGCGCAAGAGAGUCAAGAAAAAAUCUCCAAAGAUCAAGUUGAAGUCACCUGGAGAGGCUGCACUGUUAACAGUAGCUGCCAAGGAGAGAAAAUCCCUUCUCUGUGAACACAUCCGGCAUCUAGUGUCGAAGGCUCUACUUGCAAGUGACUCCCCGGAAGUCCCAAUGGAGUGGUGUCACCUUGAGAAGAAGCAGAAAAUCCCUCAGGCUGCUGUACUCAUUGUAGAUGGAUUGGAGUUGAGUCACUUUAGUAGUCAUCGAGAGGGAUUCCCAAAGUGUAAGAGUAUUUUCCUGUCCCGAUACGAUACAUUGAUGCCACUCUUCCGGCGAGGACAUGUACUUGAUGAGCUGAUUGAGAUUUCCCUCUCUGACCAGGAGAAGCGAAGGCUUAUCAAGAAGUAUGAAAGCUUGGAGAAUGCCACUAAUGUUGAAUUUUUUCUACAAGAAGAAGAGAAGAUGGAAAUCAAGCGGGAACCAAUUGCCGAUGAUACUUUCUCCCGGUUGAAACUCCUUCUCUCACCUCUACAGAUGGUAGUUUCCAACUACCCUCUGCCCACGAAGACUACCGCAUCAACGAGGAAUUACGUCUUCACGCAGGAUCGGUACGCCCAUGUAACUGCCCAGAGUCCAAUGUUUGCAAUGGAUUGUGAAAUGGUUAAAACAUCCUUUGGAUUCAAUGAGGUUGUGAGGAUUUCCAUUGUCAACGAGGACUGCGAGAGUAUUUAUGAGACAUUUGUGCGCCCCCAACGUCCAGUCAUUGACUACAGGACAGAUUUUUCCGGAAUAACGGCAGAGAUAAUUGAAACCGCCACGAAAACACUCAAAGACGUUCAGGAUGAUAUUCGAAAUCUACUUCCGGCCGAUGCAAUUCUCAUUGGGCACAGUUUAAAUGCUGAUUUGAAGGCACUCCGGAUGAUACAUCCCUACGUCAUAGACACCAGCAUCAUCUACAAUGUUAAGGGAGACCAGAAACGAUGCAAACUGCGAGAAUUGGCCAAAAUGUAUCUCGAGGAGACAAUUCAGUGGCAUCCACUGGGGCACGAUUCAAUUGAAGACAGUCAAACAUGCAUGAAGCUCGUUAAGAAGAAACUCUCCCAAGGAAUUCACUUUGGAGAUCUCCUAAUGCAGAAGCUGAAGGAAACUGAAUAUGACAUUAAUUCCCUCGGAGGGAUUUCUGAAAGCCCCGAAGAAAAAAACAUUUCAGGGAAUCUCCUAGGGUAUGUCCUGAACCAUAGUAAGGAUGCAAAAAUCACAAUUGUAGCUACGGAAAACACUGCUACGGACUACGAGAGACUCAUUCCGAAGCAAUUGAGAGGUUCCGAAAGAAUUUCAGUCAGUGUCAAGAAAAAUAAUAAGGCUGCAGUGAAGAAAUCCUGCAAAAUCAUCCCGGAAGCCACUCUCAGCUUCACACAUCUAUCAGUUGAAGAAGAUGAGCUCAAGGAGGUCAAAAUAGCAGAGACACUGGAAAAGAUCGAUGAAUGGAUUGAGCAGUUUUGGACUUCCGUUGCUGUUCAUGGGCUCUGUGUUGUCAUCUUUAGUGGCUCAAGGGAAUCACGGAGUGGAUUGACUUUUGCUGAAUUUCGAAAGGUGGACUUGGUGGACAAUAAGCAAAUCCUCUCAUCUUGAAAGGUUGAAAAAAAGUUUCCGCGGAAGAUGGUGGUGCC